CUGAACAAUAACUUAGAGGCGUAAGGUAAUCAAUAAUAACUUAGAGGCGUCUAGGGUUUGCCUCUUUUCAUCGCUGCUGUUCUGCUUCGUUACUUCGCAGGAGGUGUAGAGAUUGCAGGCGUCGCUUCUUCGGUUCCUUGCGGCUGAUCGACUGCGCUCCUUCCACUACUUUCCCUUCCUGUCGGAUCGGAAGUUACGACAUUUUGAUCGGAAGCAACAACGGGAGCUCGCUGGCUGUGAAGUUAAUUUUCUCCCUUUCGCGCGCUUCUUCGUCCAAAUCCCGUUAAUCCGCCGAACCGAGGGAUUUAGUAAAUCCCGGAUUUAUGCCGUAAAUCCUAUCCGGGAUUUAUCCAUCGCCGGGAUUUAACGCGCGCACAUAAACGUUUGGCUGGUUUUAGCUUAAAUCCCGCUGUGAAUCCGAUACCAAACAUCCCCUAAAGAAGAAAAGAAAAAGGAAAAUUUGCAUACCUCUCAGAUCUCUGAACAUAUCGUCUUUGUCGUCAGCAUCCAUGGACAUCUCCUCCAUCGCCGCCAAGCUCGGCCUCAACAAUACUAAGACUCUUAUUCGCAAGGCCGCGGAGCUCCGACGCCUAUCCGACGUUCAGUUCGAUUCUUCUAUCAUUGGAGUGGGGGAGGUCGUCAAAGCCAUCGUUUGCUUGGAAAUCGCAGCUUCUAGGUUACAGAUUAUAUUUGACCGUUCAGCGGCAAUUAGGAUGAGUGGAAUGUCGGAAAAGGCAUACAUCAGAUGUUUCAAUGCAAUGCAGAACGGGAUUGGAGUCAAGGCAAGGUUGGAUGUUCGCGAGCUUGCGAUCCAGUUCGGUUGCGUGAGGCUUAUUUCAUUUGUGCAGAAGGUCUUAUCUCUCUACAAAGAUCGAUUUCUAGCGGCAUUGCCCGCCUCUCGUAGAGCAAAUACCGACUUUAGUCGUCCGGUCUUUACAGCAGUUGCAUUUUUUUUGUGUGCUAAGAAACAUAAGCUCAAGGUAGACAAACACAAGCUCAUUGAACUUUCUGGCACAUCCGAAUCAGAAUUCUUAACUAUUAUGAAUUCCAUAAAUGAUUUGUGCUUUGAUGUUAUUGGAAGCUCAAAGGAAAAGAAAGAUACACAGGGUGUGAAAGGCCAUCGAGAAUUGCUAGAUACAUUGCCUAGCAAAAGGUUGAGACAGGAUGAUAGUGAUGCCUCUGAUGAUUCUUCCAUAGAUAUUGAAGAUGAUAUUGAGCUUCCUUGUUAUAAGAAGCAUAAGCAGAUGGAGAAAGAAGAGUACAAGAAGUGGAAAUCCUCAGUCACUUUGUCGAACAAAAAAAUCAAUGAAGCUCCUGCCAAGCGAUCCAGGCAGACUCGACUCAACUUCUUCGGAAAACUCCAACAAUAAUUCCAAUGAAAGCCUGUUUUAUUGAAAAAUUAAUGAAUGUUUUCCGCAUCACAUUUUUGUUGCAUUUUUUAGUACAAUUUUGGCUUAUUUGUAUAAUGAGCAAAUGACCUCAAAUGUCUUGUGUUAUAAAUCUUGAAAACGGCAACACGGCUCCACUUUUUCCUCCAACUAUAUGAGAAGGGAAAUGGAUAUGCACAUUUUAAAAAUUCGUGUACAAUGUUUUAGAUUUAGAAA